CUCCCGUUUUAAGCAGCAAAUUGCAACUCCAUCUGAACCAUUUCCUGUUUAAACAAAGAAUGAAAGGGAAAAGGGAAUAACAUUAACUUCCUGAAUGACAGCAUUCCAGUUCUGAGACUGGCCACGAUGCAGCUGCCAAUCAGAAACAGGCCUUGGAGGGAAGCUCUGGGAUGCUGUUUACAUGUUCUGUGAUUUCUCCUUUUCGCUUCUGAUGUUGUCCAACUUGGAAAGUUCUCUUGGAUUGUUGCUGUUACAUGUCUUUGUAAAUAGCUAGGACUUUAAUUCCUGCAUCAAAUGGAAAUCGAACUAAAAGGAAAGGGCUGCUUGUACCUCUGUAGCUUCAGAUCGUUCUGAAAGAAAUAAGCCUGACCACCGCUCUUCAGGUCAAGGCCCCCUGUCAUCCAUUAAAGCAGUAAUCAAGAGAACACUCAUGAAUAGUGCACAUCAAAUAUGCCCCGUGGAAGAGCUUCUCGGACAUCUGGCCACAGUGAGCAGCAAAGAGAGAGAAGGCGCCCUGAAAUCACAAUAGUUGCAGCUGAGCCGCUUGGGCCAUCCUCCUGGUUUCCUGGUGGAAAUCAUGUCCCUCAGCAGGGGUUAGGUUUUCAGCCGCCUCACACCCAGGCCCCUUGGAGAACAAAUGAUCUUGUUUCAGCCGAGCCCCCUUCCUAUGAGCAGGUAAUCAAAGAGAUCAAUCGAGUGCAAGUCAACACUCCUAGCAACAAUAAUGCUCCCAGUGCUGUUAGUGCUAGAUGCACCGCUACGUCUUCAACACAGACUGACUUUCCAGAAGAGAUAAUCAGCAACUUGCCAGGAACAAAUGUGAAAAGUAAUCUGCAUGGUCUCUGUGAAUGCGAAAGCACUCCAGCUGUACCAAUUCCUCGAAAGCCACCUAGACCUUCAUCAUCUCUGCUGAUCAGCAAUCCUUCCAAAAAUGAGGAACUUCUAGUUGUGUUGGAAGAGGAGCAGGCAUGUCAGGAGAAGCCUAAUGCUGUAAUAUGUCCUGUUCCAAAACCAAGAUCAAAAGGCAAUCUGAAACCUGUAGUUAGAGAUACUCAAAGCAACGCACAAGACAAUCAGGAAGAAGAAAGCCAGUCAAGGACUGAAAAGGACACACCGGCAAUUCAGCUGCUGUCCUUACUAGAUGACAGCCUUUGGGACACUCAUAUGGACAGUAUGGAUAAAGAUAAGAGCCAAAGUAGCAUACUAACUCGGAUUAAAGCUUUUGAAUCGCAAGCAAACACCGAAACAAAGAAGCCAGAAAUAUCUCCACGCUCCUUAGGCCCCAAACCCAUAAUAAGUGCAAAAAAGCCUGUGGUGGCACCAAAGCCAGUGGCCAACAGAGCUUCAGGUGAGUGGGAUUCGUGGACAGAAAGCAAACUAAAGGUCAUUUCCCAGGAAAGGCAACCACAACCUCAGGAAGUUGGGAGCAACAUAACCAAGCCUGAAUUGCCAAAGAAACCAAAAUCAGGCAUUGUAAAAAGCAGUAGCAAUGGAUUGCUUAGUUCAACAGGCAAGUCAGCUUCAGAAGAUAGUAAUGGACAGAGAAAGUCUCCCAUUCCUGCUCCUCGGCCACUUGUUCCCAAGAAGUCGGUUUCGUUUGAAAGCCCUGCUCUUCCUAUGCUUCCACUAAAGCCAGUAAGUGCUACUCCUAGGCUCUCUGUAGCUGCCCAGUCAAAUGCCUUUCGAUCCCUGGCGGAGCCCCCUGCAAGCAGCCUCACAGCACCUCCAGGGCAGAGCAAGCCACCUGCGGAAGGAGAUCUGAUUAGCUUUGAUGAUGAUGUUUUACCCCCUAACUCAGCCGGGACUUCUCAGGAAAUUACGCCGUCAGAAUCUGAUGUUGUCACUUUGCCCUCCAAACAAGAGCCUGCAAAAGAACAGGCAGUUCAACCAGCUGUUGUGCGCAAACCCACUGUGAUCCGAAUCCCAGCUAAAUCAACAAAAGCUUUAAAUGAAGUUCCAGAGAGCCCUCCUCCACUUCCUACAGAAAAACCAAUAGGGAACACAUCUGGCGUUUCGGCUGGAAAACCCAAUAACAACAAAGCAACAACAAAUGUGGAAUCUGAGCAUUCUAGUUUGAAACAGCCAUCCAAGAAUGAACCCAUAAUGCCCCCAAGGCCUGGUGAUGGAAAAACCACGCCAGCUCGACCUCCUCCACCUAAGGGUGCCCCUGGAAGGCCGCCACCACCAAAGUCUACCAAGGCCUCAUCGCAAAAGGGGAGGUUUUCUCGCUCAUCAUCUGACGUGAACCUCCAUAAACAACCAGGCAAAUCAGGGCCAGGAGUCAAGAGAACAAAGAAUGAUACUGCUAAAAAUCAAGAUCCAGCUUUACCUCCUCGACCCAAGCCAGGCCAUCCUCUCUACAGUAAAUACAUGCUUCCUGUGCCUCAUGGAAUCGCCAAGGAAGAUAUCUCUCCACAAGAUCCUGGCCAUCUCUCUUGCAAGCGUGGAGACGUACUUGUGCUGGUGGACCAUGUUGACAACAGCAUCAUUGAAUGUCAAAAGGGCGAAGAAACUGGCAAAGUUCAUUCAUCCCAGAUGGAGAUAAUAACUCCACUGGAUGAGAGUUUGAAAAGCAGACAGAAGGAUUCGGACAAUAUGCAGAAGAUUUCCGACCCACGUGUUCCUCAUGCGAUAGUGCUGCAUGAUUUUCUAGCAGAACAUACUGAUGAUUUGGACCUCUAUUCUGGAGAGACCGUUUAUCUUCUGGAGAAAAUAGAUGACGAGUGGUACAGAGGAAAAUGCAAGAAUUGCACAGGGAUCUUUCCUGCCAGCUUUGUCAAAGUUAUUGUUGAUAUUCCAGAAGAAGGCAACAGGAAAAAAGGGCACUUUUCAUCAUCAAGUAUCGUAGGCCCUAGGUGUAUAGCUCGAUUUGAGUACAUCGGAGAUCAGAAAGACGAAUUAAGCUUUUCGGAAGGUGAAAUUAUUACUUUGAAGGAAUAUGUCAAUGAAGAAUGGGCUAGAGGAGAGCUGAGAGGCACAUCUGGAAUUUUCCCCUUGAACUUCGUAGAAAUUAUUGAAGAUCUCCCUGGACCAGAUGGUGGAACAUCACUGAAUAAGAAUUCUGUGUCUGUGUCACAGCUUGAAGGACAUGCCGGACAGUGGUGUGAUGCACUCCAUGAUUUUACAGCGGAAACGCAGGAAGACUUGUCUUUUAAAAGGGGAGAUCGAAUCUUGAUAUUGGAACACUUGGACUCAGAGUGGUACAGAGGGAGACUGAAUGGAAAGGAAGGAAUUUUCCCUGCAGUGUUUGUUCAUGUUUGCUCAGGAGGAACGCAGUCAUCACAACCUCCAGGUACUAAGAAACGAAAAGCCAAGGCUUUAUAUGACUUCCAUGCUGAGAACGUAGAUGAACUCUCCUUCAAGGUUGGUGAUAUCCUAACAGAACUGGAGUCUGUAGAUGAAGAAUGGAUGACUGGAGAGCUACAUGGCAAAACUGGAAUAUUCCCCAAAAACUUUGUCCAGAUUACGCAUUCCUCCUGAAGAUAAAACCCAGUUUUGGACCAUCUGCCUACAGAAGCCUAUACAAGCAAAUACCUUACUAGCACAAAAGCACAUUACUGCAGGCAGCAAUGCCCUCUAUGAUCAUAAGAUCUACUCUUUGACUAUCAAAUGCAUUUUUGCACUAUUUUUAUAAAGGUAUACUAGAAUAUACAAUUUUGUAGACUAUACAAUA